GAAGUUGCAAGUCUCACUACUGUCCAGAACCAAGCGGUCUAGCAGGAGCAUGUGUAUUUAGACCUGAAAUCAAUUGUUUAAGUGAUUCAGAAUGUUCAAACGGUCAGCUUUGCUGCAAAGAAGGUUGUGGUAGUGUGUGUAAAAAUCCGAUACACGUUUCCCCAGGUAGAUGUCCACGCCUAUCACCUUCAGCUUAUUGGGUCAGAUGUUUACAGGUUAACCGAUGUGAUAAUGACGCGGAUUGUUCACCAUCAAGGAAAUGUUGCCGACAGCCUUGUGGAAGGCGAUGUGUUGAUGUUGAGAUUGAUCCCGUCCAAAAACCGAAGUUAGGAACCUGUCCCAGUUCUCCAGAUCCAUCUGUCAUCCUUUGUGGACCAGACCGUACUAACCAAUGCGACACCGAUGGCGACUGUCAUGGGGAUCUUAAAUGCUGCCCAAACCCCUGUGGCAGAGUUUGUGAUCUCGUUAGACCAAAGCCAGGUAUGUGUCCAAGUAACCGUCGUCCACCUUUCUGUAGAAGAAGAUCAGAUCAAUGUGAUAAUGACAGAGACUGCCCUUUAACCCAGAAAUGUUGUCAGCUUUGGUGUAGUAAUCGAUGUGUUGAUGUUGCGAUUGAUCCAGUCCAAAAACCAGGAAUAUGUCCUACAUCUAUAGAUCCAGCCGUGGUUAGGUGUCGUCCGCCAAUUACUGAUGAAUGUGGCAAUGAUGAUGAUUGUAGUGGUAGAUUGAAAUGCUGUUCAAAUCCUUGUGGACGCAUCUGUGACCUUGCGCAACCCAAACCAGGUAUGUGUCCAAGUAUCCGUCCUCCACCUUUCUGUAGAAGAAGAUCAGAUCAAUGUGAUAAUGACAGAGACUGCCCUUUAACCCAGAAAUGUUGUCAACUUGGGUGUAGUAAUCGAUGUGUUGAUGUUGCGAUUGAUCCAGUCCAAAAACCAGGAACAUGCCCAACACCUCCAGAUUUAGCUCUAGUAAGUUGUCUUUUACCAAUAAUAAACCAAUGUAGGAAUGAUGGAAACUGCAGACUUGACCUUAAAUGCUGUCCAAAUCCUUGUGGGCGAAGAUGCGAUCUAGACAGACCAAAACCAGGUUUUUGUUCAAGAAUAACGAAACCCACUGAAAUUUGUUUAGUAGUUGAUAAUUGUAAAAAUGACAGAGAUUGUCCUUUAUCACAGAAAUGUUGUCAACAGGCUUGUGGUACUCGAUGUGAAAAUGCUCUUGUUAUUGCACCUCCUUCCAAACCAGGUGUAUGUCCUGUUUCUGUUGGUCCACCUGUUGAAAGUUGUCCAUCUCCACCACUAACUAACCAAUGUAACAUUGAUGAUGACUGUAGUGGUGAUCAAAAAUGUUGUUCAAGUACCUGUGGAAGAGUUUGUGAUCUCGUUAAGCCCAAACCGGGGUUUUGCCCCAACUUACCACGAUCAGCGUUUUUUGUCAAAUGUGUACCAUUCAGUAGAUGUGAUAAUGAUGGAGAUUGUCCUUCAAGACAGAAAUGUUGUGAACGUGGAUGCGGUAGACAAUGUGUUAAUGCUAAUACUAACUCACCAAUAAGAAAACCAGGAGUAUGCCCCACCCCUCCUGACCUAGCUGCGACAAGCUGUGUUCUACCAAUAACAAAUGAAUGUAGCAAUGAUAGAGGCUGUAGAGAUGACCUUAAAUGUUGUCCAGAUCCUUGUGGAAGAAGAUGCGAUCUUGUCAGACCAAAACCAGGUGUGUGUCCAAGAUUUGUUCCUGCUCGUCGACCUUGUAACAAAUUUGAUGAAUGUGAAAAUGAUAGAGAUUGUCCGUUGACACAGAAAUGUUGUCGGCAAGGUUGUGGUUAUAGAUGUCAAAGCGUGGCCAAACCAGUUUGCCCUACACUACCUUGUGCUGGUUUGAUAAAGUGUCAAUAUGGACAAGAAUUAGAUUGGAAUAAUUGUCCAACUUGUCAGUGUAGAUUAUGUCCUAAAGGCGUGCAGUUGGUGAAUUGUUUAGUACAUCCAUGUAAGUUUGCAACGUGUCCGUCUCGUCCAAAUGCCAGAUGUGUCUCUAACUACUGUGGUGGGUGUAAAGCGGACUUCUAUGAAAAUGGUAAUUUAGUAACCUGUUAGAGAGUGGAAGGAAAACUACGAAAGUGAAUUUAAAAAAAAAAAAAAAAAUGCAAUUUGA